AGCGGCGCGUCUUUCGCCCGUUUGACGUUUGCCGCCACUGGAGGACUAGGAGCGCGAGGAGGACGGGGAAAAACCCCGACGAGCGGCGGUCGGUGGCGAGCUGGCACCGCACCAGCACCCGGGGAUCACAAAUUAACAGGCUUAUGGAGAAAAAGCCGUAAACGGUGAAGACCUUCGAAAACAUUGUUACAACCCAUUUGGCUCCGAGUUGAUAAUAGAGCGGGUCUGAAGUGCUGCUGGAGGUGUCAAGUGAUGCAGGGUACGAACCACUUUGUCUGGAGAAGGCAGUGCUCAAAAAUGAGGCAGUGAGAGGGAUGGGCCGGCCAGCCGAUGUGGAACUGAUGAUGCUGAAAUAACAUCGGCCAAUGAGACUUCACUGGCUGAAACAAUCAUCAAUCACUGGGAACCAAGAGGGAUGGAACGCAACAGAACCAUGGCUAGGGACACGUUUUGGUUAGCCAUUGCUCAGAACCUACACUAACCUGGCACAGACGUCUUUACCCCAACAUCUCGCCCUCCCUCAGCGCCCCUGGCCUUGAACACACUUGUUACAGUCAUCAUCUUAUACUUGGAAUCCGCAUUCAAUAAAAAAAGAUCACCGCCCAAUAAAACUGACAGAAAGCAGGUGGUCAUGAAUCCAGCCAUGUACCCCUUUCCACUUGUUCUGAGUAAACAGAGUCGGCGGGGUUUGUCGUCUAGGACACAUCCCCUUUGCCUCAUGACAGACUGGUGCCUGAUGGGUGUCCUGGGACUCCUCCUGCUCCUUAGCCUGGCCUCGAGCCAGAAAUCGGACCCUUCCAAACACCCGAUUGUCACCACCAACUACGGCAAGCUCAGAGGCAUCAAGAAAGACUUGAACAAUGAGAUCCUGGGCCCCGUGGAGCAGUACCUGGGUGUCCCCUACGCCACAGCUCCCAUUGGCGACCGACGUUUUCAGCCACCCGAAGCCCCCGGAUCCUGGCAGGAGAUCCGCAACGCUACCCAGUUUGCGCCCGUGUGCCCUCAGAAUGUCCACGGUGUGCUCCCAGAGAUAAUGCUGCCUGUGUGGUUCACAGACAACUUGGACGUGGCAGCGGGCUACAUCCAGAACCAGAGCGAGGACUGCCUCUACCUCAACGUCUACGUGCCCACAGAGGAUGACAUUCGCGACCGCAGGAAGAAGCCGGUGAUGCUGUUCAUUCACGGGGGCUCCUACAUGGAGGGCACGGGCAACAUGUUCGACGCCAGCGUCCUCGCCGCGUACGGCAACGUGAUCGUGGUGACCAUGAACUACCGGCUCGGCGUGCUCGGCUUCCUCAGCACCGGCGAUCAGUCUGCUAAGGGGAACUACGGCCUGCUGGACCAGAUUCAGGCCCUGCGGUGGCUCAACGAGAACAUCGGCCACUUCGGCGGCGACCCGGAACGCAUCACCAUCUUCGGCUCUGGAGCCGGGGCAUCCUGCGUCAAUCUCCUCAUUCUCUCACACCACUCGGAGGGUCUGUUCCACAGGGCCAUAGCUCAGAGUGGAACGGCCAUCUCCAGCUGGUCGGUCAACUACCAGCCCCUCAAGUACACCAAGAUCCUCGCCCGCAAAGUGGGCUGCACCUACAUGGAGACGGCGGACCUCGUUGACUGCCUGAGACGCAAGAACUUCAGGGAGCUGGUGGACCAGGACAUCCAGCCGGCGCGCUACCACAUUGCCUUCGGCCCGGUGGUGGACGGAGACGUGGUGCCCGACGACCCCGAGAUCCUCAUGCAGCAGGGGGAGUUUCUCAACUAUGACAUUCUGAUUGGAGUGAACCAAGGAGAGGGGCUGAAGUUUGUGGACGACAGCGAGGACAGCGACGGCAUCUCAGCCGCAGCAUUCGACUACACUAUCUCUAACUUUGUUGACAACCUCUACGGAUACCCUGAAGGCAAAGAUAUCCUGCGGGAGACAAUUAAGUUCAUGUACACCGACUGGGCAGACAGGGACAAUGGCGACAUGCGAAGGAAGACGCUGUUAGCUCUAUUUACAGACCACCAGUGGGUGGCGCCGGCCGUGGCCACCGCCAAGCUCCACGCUGAGUUCCAGUCUCCCGUUUACUUUUACACGUUCUACCACCACUGCCAGACCGAGACGCGACCCGAAUGGGCCGACGCCGCCCACGGGGACGAGAUCCCGUACGUGUUCGGCGUGCCGAUGAUCGGCGCCACAGACCUGUUCCCCUGCAACUUCUCGAAGAACGACGUAAUGCUGAGCGCUGUGGUCAUGACUUACUGGACCAACUUUGCCAAAACUGGGGAUCCCAACCUGCCAGUCCCUCAGGACACCAAGUUCAUUCACACCAAGCCCAACCGCUUUGAGGAGGUCAUCUGGACCAAGUUUAACUCAAAGGACAAGCAGUACCUCCACAUCGGCUUGAAACCUCGCGUUAGAGACAACUACAGGGCCAACAAGGUGGCCUUCUGGCUGGAACUAGUCCCUCACCUCCAUAGUCUACACGAGGAGCUCUUUCCCACCACCACUCGCUCGCCCCCAGGCCCCGGCCCGGGCACCCCGAGGUCGUGGCCAAGAACCCCGGGCCCUCGGACAACUCGCCACCCGUACCCCACGUUCCCCUCCGAAACGGAGCCCUAUGGCUCUGAGCGCCCGCGCCAGGACCUCUUCCCCGGGGACACCCGGGACUACUCGACGGAGCUGAGCGUAACCGUGGCCGUGGGCGCGUCGCUGCUCUUCCUCAACAUCCUGGCUUUCGCCGCCCUCUACUACAAGCGCGACAAGCGGCACGAGAUGCGACGCCACCGCCUGUCCCCACAGCGGGGCGGCCCCGCCAACGACCUGGCCCACAGCCAGGAGGAGGAGAUCAUGUCCCUGCAGAUGAAGCACUCGGAGCACGACGCCCACCACGACAUGGAGCCCCUUCGGCCUCACGACAUCCUCCGGCCGGCCUGCCCGCCCGACUACACCCUGGCGCUGCGCCGCGCCCCCGACGACGUGCCGCUGAUGACCCCCAACACCAUCACCAUGAUCCCCAGCACCAUCACCAGCAUGCAGCCUCUCCACGCCUUCAACACCUUCCCUUCCGCCGGCCACAAGAACACCCUGCCCCACCCCCACUCCACCACCAGGGUAUAGUAGGGACUGGAACACAGCGCAGCCCAGGGACCAGGACUUCUGGCUCUGAUAAUAUCUAAAAAAGGAGGCCUCUGGAUGCAGGCCUUUAUUCUGAUCUCUUACUCUAUUGAUUCCAGCUCCACCUCUUAGCGGACUUGGCAGCUCCUCCACAGGUGGUGUGUGGAGAAGCAACUGAAACACAAGGCAGUGGCUGCUUGGUCUGGGGUGAUUCACAUCUUUCAGAGAAACUCUUUAAGGAACGUCUGCUGUUUUUAGACAGAAUCACGCUGCCGUCGUCAAAGGGACGAAUGCUUUUCGCCUUUCGCUGUUUUCUCCUUUUUUACUUUGACGUCACCUCUUUUUUUCUCCCCUGGUGUUCAUACAUCAUUCUAUUUUCUACAUGUGUCUUAUACCUGCUUCCUUCCUCUCAUUUGCCAUGUCAUUAUUGCUUCCUCCUGCCAGUGCUCCAAGCUUUCAUGAACUAUUGAGCUAAAGGAGGGGACGUAGAGUACAUUCAGCACAGAAAGCUAUGAACACACUGAUAACUAAUAAUCUCAUUCUACCAGCAUUCUCGGUGCCAAGUACGUGCUGUGUUUGCUUUCUCAUCAAGGGAGAAAAAAUAAAGAAAAUUCUAGUGUUCCUCUUUACUGUCAACUAACAAAUACUGUGUGUUCUCAUGACAAAGUGCCAAACUGGCCCUCGAUUGUGUUUCUUCUAUUGUUCCUUUCAUCUUCCGUUCCUUUUUUUUUGUUCAAGCAUUUGUUUAACUGUUGUUUUUUGUGGAAAGAUUUUAAAUCAGAAAAUAUAGUUAUAGAGAAAUGAUAUUAUAUAUAGUUAUAUAUAAAUGUGUACAAAGGAGAAAGUAUAUCAAAAGGUUUUGUCAGUGGGGAUCUAUGCAUGAAUUCCUUUUAAAGAUGAUGACGGGGGAAAAGGACACUGUAUUUGUCAAUGCACGUUUCCCAAGUCUACUCGAAUCAUGUCCGUCUGCUUUGGAGAUCGUUUUUUAUUUAACCCCACAGAAAAUGAAAAAUCACUGGUUCUGUUCACCUGCAACACUCCUUUAUUAAAAAAGCAAGAGUAUCCAGUCCAGGCUCCAUUCACCCUCUCAUCCAGUUGUUCUUUAGACCUGCUUCUCCAUCCUCCACAGCUGCAGUGAACCCCAUCAUCCUGCAGUGGCUGUGUUUUCUUUCCAUCUGUGACGAUCGCUGUUUUUAGGGUAACAUGACGUAAAGAUCCGUUCUUGUAGCUUGCGUGUACAGAAUUAUUUUUGUAUUUCAGCGAAGGUAAGAAACUGCUCUGCUCUUUAACGUACCCCUUCCUUUUUCUGUCUGCGCUCCUGCACAUAAAUAUUCUGUUUGAUGUUUGCUUGAGAGAGUGUGUGUGUCUGUGUGUGAGACAUCAGAAUACUUUCACACUGGCAAAAGGUUGGGCUCUAAUCAGAGAGCGCAGAGAGAGGGAGACAGGAUCCAAAUGAGCUUCUUCCUCCUCUACACACACACACACACACACACCCACACACACACACACACACCCUCUCCUUUAACGUCACUUCCUCCCUCUCUCGUCGUGUCUCCAUCAUAACUACCGGGCUGCGACCAACACAAACACCUGACUUCACUGUGUCCGUGCUGUUCCACACAAUUUCUGACCUCAGUUCAGCUCUGCUACUAUCCUCAUAUUCAAGGGUUAGUUCACUCAGCCAGACAGGUUUGUGGGCCCAUCAGCUAUAAAUUAAACUCAAAGCACACUGGGGCUAAGCAGUGGACCUUCACGGCCUGCGUCGCAGAGCUGCGAGGUGAAGACGGGGCUCAGUUCUCCUAAACAGGGUAAAAGCCGCACACGUGACGGCUGCCGUGUGGGAUUGUGCUCUUUGCUUUGGAGCGAGGAUGUGCAGGCUAACGGCUCAGCAGCGCCCCCUGCUGGUCUCUGCGGGACAGUGCGGCGAUGCAGCUUAAUACUGUACGCGGAGUGAAGUGAUGUGAGCCCACAUGAACACACAGUAGCCUACAUCCAGUGUGAGAGAGGUUAGUCACCGGUGCUGUCUUUGCCUGUGCUCUACUCUAGCUUUAGCCUGUGUGUUUGUUUUCUAUUUUAUUACUGCCUAACAGGGAGGUGGGGGUCCUGUCUGACACUUUGUUAGUGGAAAAGGGAAAUGUGCACAAUGUAACACAGAACAAGUGACUCGUGUGUGAGGCAGAUGACGAGUAGAAGCUGUGGAACAGGAUGGAAAUGUGCUGUGGAGAACAGACUGAAAAGAAAGACUCUCAGCCUUAAAGGGAGAACGUGAAGCUGAGGUCAUUCUCCACCUUCCUACUCUGUCCUACGGAGGAUCUGUCUGGUCAGAUCCACACCAACCCUUUUGUACUCACUCCUGUGGAUAAGGAGGCAGUGAAGGGGCUGUGAAUAAACCUCACCACAACGCAGCUACAGCGACACCACAGGAGGUGGAAACAGGAACCACUCGUUUAGUUUGGUCUUUUUCCAUGUCUACUUUAUAAGGAACCACUGGAAGGCGCCACUGCCUCAGAUUCACUGAGCAAAACGGGCGUGGAGGAUAAAAACCAAACUGGGAGUAAGGACACAGAUACACAACAUCUGGAAGAGGAUCUAAACUGUACAUUUUUAGGUGUAAGAGUCAAAAACGGGCAAAAUAUUUGUAAAUAUAAGUUGUUUUUCUUCUUUUUCUUUGAAUGAAUGGAUGAAAUUAUUAUUUUGUGACCACCAAAGGCAACAGGUGCAGUUUGCAAACAAAUGGCCUCAAGCUCAAGGUUUUAGAUUCAUCACCCAGUAAAACCUGCUCAUCAUUUUGUGAUGUCACAUCUUUUUUUAUUUGUUCUAAUGUUGCCCAUGUGGGCGUCCUGUAGCACACAGCUCCUAACCAGGAAAGUCACUGUAGCAGAUUUCACCCCCUGCAAACGUCUCCUUUUUUAAAGUCUGGUUUUUGUGGCUUUGAUUUAAAAAUUACCCAAUGUUCCAAUUUACUCCUGAUGAUCUGUGUGAUUGUCAGAAGCUACAUGUAAUAUUGUCAGGAUAUAGUAACUCACCACCUGAGACAAGUCAGUGAGACAGUACUUCACAUGUAGCAGUGUUUACACUAAAGUUAUGAUACUAACUAACGCCCUACAAUGGCCAACACACAGACACUGACAUGAAUCCUCAGCUUGGCCUCUUUUGCAAACUUGCACCUGUUGUCUUGCUUUUCUAUUCUUUGUUGAAUUCAGAAACCCGAGACCUGAGAUGAAGGAAAAUGUUAAAUAAAGACAAUUUAAAAAAAAAGCUUAUUGAUAAAAAAAGUUAAUUAAAACUAUAUAAAUAAAUGAGGUGAGGAUAUUUCUGUUUACUUUAGAAGUUAUUAUACACUGUAUGCUGUGACUCUGAUCUGGGAAACAUUAAAGACAUUCAUAGCCAGA